AUGAGUCGUUUCCAUAAUCACCAACCACCCCCCUUCUCUUCUCCCUCCGUUGCUCGCUCGUUUGCUCCCCCUCUCUCCCUACUCUUCGACUCACCUCCAAGGGACGCAAAAACGCGAGUAACACACCAGCAGGUUAGCAAGCAGACUGUCAAGCGACAAGGACACGAGAGGGAAAAGCUACUUUUUAACGCCAGAUAUUAUCCAUCUGAAAUAACGGAAACUGCACAACACGAUAUCCCUUCCUAUCGGACCUCUACUACUACUGACCAGAUAUCCCUUCCUAUCGGACCUCUACUGACCAGAUAGCCCUUCCUAGCGGACCACAACAAUAACAGCAGCAGCAAAUGGACUGACUGGCUCGACAGACAGUCGGGCGGUGUACUGUGGAGGACCUGACAGACAGACGGGCGGUGUACUGUGGAGGACCUGACAGACAGACGGGCGGUGUACUGUGGAGGACCAGACAGACAGACAGGCGGUGUACUGUGGAGGACCUGACAGACAGACGGGCGGUGUACUGUGGAGGACCUGACAGACAGACGGGCGGUGUACUGUGGAGGACCUGACAGACAGACGGGCGGUGGUACUGUGGAGGACCUGACAGACAGACGGGCGGUGUACUGUGGAGGACCUGACAGACAGACGGCGGUGUACUGUGGAGGACCUGACAGACAGACGGGCGGUGUACUGUGGGGGACCUGACAGACAGACGGGCGGUGUACUGUGGAGGACCUGACAGACAGACGGGCGGUGUACUGUGGAGGACCUGACAGACAGACGGGCGGUGUACUGUGGAGGACCUGACAGACAGACGGGCGGUGUACUGUGGAGGACCUGACAGACAGACGGGCGGUGUACUGUGGAGGACCUGACAGACAGACGGGCGGUGUACUGUGGAGGACCUGACAGACAGACGGGCGGUGUACUGUGGAGGACCUGACAGACAGAUAGGCGGUGUACUGUGGAGGACCUGACAGACAGACAGGCGGUGUACUGUGGAGGACCUGACAGACAGACACAUAUCAACUCUCUGACGACCAGCCGGUGCCUCACAAGAUGGCUGACAAGCAGAUCAGUUUGCCUGCCAAAUUGAUAAAUGGUGGAAUCGCAGGGCUGAUUGGCGUAAGCUGUGUGUUCCCCAUUGACCUGGCCAAGACCCGCCUGCAGAACCAGCAAAAUGGAUCACGACUUUACACCAGCAUGUCCGACUGUCUUAUCAAGACCAUCCGCUCAGAGGGAUACUUCGGGAUGUACAGAGGGUCUGCGGUGAACCUAACCCUGGUCACUCCAGAGAAAGCCAUCAAGCUAGCAGCAAAUGACUUCUUCAGACAAUACCUCUCCAAGGAUGGUCAGAAGCUCACCCUGGUCAAAGAGAUGCUGGCGGGGUGUGGGGCAGGUACAUGUCAGGUUAUCGUCACGACUCCUAUGGAGAUGUUGAAGAUUCAGCUUCAAGAUGCUGGGAGAAUUGAGGCCCAGAGGAAGCUGAUGCCAGAGACAGUAGUACCGGGGACCGUGCCGACCAAGUCCCCCACCGCCAUGCAACUGACCAGGGAACUGCUUCAGGAGAAGGGCAUCGCUGGGCUGUACAAGGGCCUGGGGGCCACACUGCUCAGGGAUGUUCCAUUCUCCAUCAUCUACUUCCCUCUGUUUGCCAACCUGAACAACCUUGGGAAGAGAGGAGCGGAGGGCCCAGCCCCGUUCUAUGUGUCAUUCCUGGCAGGCUGUCUGGCUGGCAGCACGGCCGCUGUGGCUGUCAACCCUGUAGAUGUGAUCAAGACCAGAAUCCAGUCAAUGAACAGAGGGAGUACAGAGGAAACUUACAGUGGGGUGACCGACUGUAUCAGUAAAAUCAUGAAGAACGAGGGCCCCUCGGCGUUCCUGAAGGGGGCGUACUGCCGUGCCCUGGUCAUCGCGCCCUUAUUUGGUAUCGCUCAGGUGGUCUACUUCUUCGGCGUGGGAGAAUACCUCCUCAGCUUCCUGCCUGGCAACUAAGAAAAACCAACCAAUCGGAUCUCUGCCUUUCCCUCUCUCACGACUACGUCACGCACAGCACACCGAAACGCUUCGGGGAUCACCUCCCGUCACGAAAUAAGUUUUUUUUUAUCGUUUGAUGGAUAGUUUGAAUAUCUGAUCGUUGUCGUCGUCGGGUUAAAGUAUGACUACCGACAAUUUAGGAAUUUUUUUUCUUUGACUUCUUUUUGGCUUAAUAGCGCCCCCUAGAGGCAACAAAAGUUGCGUUUAACCCUCUAAUUGCCCUUGUUGUGUUACAUGUAAUGCUAUGGUUGUGAGCACAGCAGUAAGAGUACUUAGGAGAGAGAUGUUGAUGGCAAAGCUGCCUACGGUGGCAACACAACAUUCCAGUGGAAUUAAUGCCACAAAUACCAUGUUCUCAAACAAUGAUGAUUAUUUUUAUAUUUUUUAUCUAAUUUUUAUUUUUUUAAAUAUGGGGGCGUGAAUUACAGGGUAGAUCUAUCGUCUUGAGUAUAUGGUAGUUAUCUCCAUUAACCUCCAUAGUGUCAGAGUGAUCAUGCGAAUGACAACUAUUGCCUAUAAAUCACAUUUAAUAUUAAUUACAUAUUAAUUACAUAUUAAUUACAUAUUAAUUACAUAUCUUAUCUUGUAAUAAUAAAAACAUGUUUUAAAAAAACAGUUGGUCCUAAUGAAAAAGAUGGAUUUUUCACAAAAAACAAAGGAUCACUUAAGACUAUUCAAAGUUAAGACUAUUCAAAGUUGACCAAGCGUGCUCGUUAAAGAAUCGACAUGCUCCAUACCUUAUUAUUGUUACCAGCUAUUACGUGGUAUACUUAAGCAGUAAGGCUCGAGGAGCUGUGGUUAAAUGGCCAAUAUAGCACGGCUGAGGGCUGUUCUUAAGCACGACACAACGUGGAGUGCCUGGACGCAGCCCUUAGCCAUGGUAUAUUGGCAAUACAUCACAAACCACUGAGGGGCCUUAUUGCUAUUAUAAACUGGUUACCAACGUAAUUAGAGCAGUGAAAAUAAAUGUUUUGUCAUACCCGUGGUAUACGGUCUGAUAUUACCACGGCUAUCAGCCAAUCAGCAUUCAGGGUUCAAACCAACCAAUUUAUUGUAUGAAUUAGAGCUUAAAUGAUAUCCUACAUUUAUAUUGUUAUUAUAUUUAUAUAGACCCAUAGAAUAUCUUAAGUUGUGCACUAUAUACAUAUAUAUACAAUUAUACAAUACUAACACUCCCAUUGGAUCUUACCUAAACAGCCCAGUCAUCCCUGCCUGUGAUUGGUUGUAAUUGCCAUUCAGCCAAUCAGCUUAUAGCUCUGUGUGGACCCUAAUUGCCUUGUCCCUGGUGGUCUUUUCUCUAUAGGGGGCAGCAUAAAUGCAGUACCUAGUUAUCCCCAAACGUUGUAGGAAAAUAGAGCUAUCGUAAUAACCGGCAUUUUUUUUUGAAAAAACAGAAUCAAUGAUAAUUAAUGAAGCCACUUUUAAUAUUGUCCAAAUGAUUUCUAACUUUUUAUUGUUGUUAUUAAUAUUUGGAAAAGCUACUCCUCUUACAGACAUUCAAACUUUAAAACGUGUAGACUGACCUGAGAUAAAGUUGCUUGCACACAAAUGUUUUGAUAACAUUUUAUACUUUUAACCUUUUAUUCAACUUAUAAACUGCAUCCACUUUAAUUUCUUCAACAUUCUAAAGCUUCCAUUGUGACUUCCAACAUUUCAUUCACAAAAAAUCUGCUACUUUAACCUCUUUCCCAACAAGUUAAACAAAAGUUAGAGCAUAAGUCUUCCUCUACUUCUCUGAUAUUCAAAUCUGAAAUGCAACCAAAAUAUAUUCUACCAAUUGAACGAUACAGCUGUUUUAGUAACUACAUAAACUACAUUUUCUGUAGCGUUUUAUAAACAAACUGAAAAUUUGGACCACUUUCCCGACAACUUAGACCAUAAAAAAAAAAAGGUGAAUUGUUCUUCUACUUCUCUGCUAAUUCAAAUCUGAAAACAGAGCAGAAAUAUUUUCUACCAAUCAAAAGUUACAGCUGUUUUGUCGGCGUUUAGAGUGAUGAAAAGUAGCUAGCUAACGUCAGCCGAAAGCUCUGUGACGUCCGUUGCUAUGGAUACUCACACACUGCAGAGUAGAACAUUGUGACGUCGUGACUUCCAACAUUCCAUUCACUGUGAAUGCAACAAUGGAUCGUUUGACACAAAUCAAGAUAGACAAACAAUUUGAAAAAAUCUUUCCUCUACUUUCUCUGCUAUUCAAAUCUGAAAACAGAGCAGGAAUAACUUUUACCAAUCAAGAGGUACAGCUGUUUUAGUAAUCAAAUCAACUGCAUUUAUUAAGGUAACUUUCCACUGUUAAAUUGAACUGUCACAGAACUUUCAGAAAUGUCAAAUUAUAGUUGUUGUUACAUUUAUUGUGUUAUUUAACCUUUAUUUAACUAGUCAGUUAAGAACAAAUUCUUAUUUACAAUGACGGCCAACCCCGGACAAACCCGGACGACGCUGGUCCAAUUGUGCGCCGCCCUAUGGGACACCCAAUCACGGCCGGAUGUGAUACAGCCUGGAUUCAAACCAGGGACUGUAGUGACACCUCUUGCACUGAGAUGCAGUGCCUUAGACCGCUGCGCCACUCGGGAACCCCUAUGUGUGUGCACCAUAGAAUUAGGAGUUAGAAUACUAGAAGGGACAUGAACCUUCUAAUGAUGGGAUAAUGGUCAGCCAUGUUGGUCAGGGAGUUGGUCAGCCAUGUUGGUCAGGGAGUUGGUCAGCCAUGUUGGUCAGGGAGUUGGUCAGCCAUGUUGGUCAGGGAGUUGGUCAGCCAUGUUGGUCAGCCAUGUUGGUCAGGGAGUUGGUCAGCCAUGUUGGUCAGGGAGUUGGGGCGCCAUGUUGGUCAGCCAUGUUGGUCAGGGAGUUGGCCAGCCAUGUUGGUCAGCCAUGUUGGUCAGCCAUGUUGGUCAGCCAUGUUGGUCAGCGAGUUGGUCAGCCAUGUUGGUCAGGGAGUUGGUCAGGGAGUUGGUCAGGGAGUUGGUCAACCAUGUUGGUCAGGGAGUUGGCCAGCCAUGUUGGUCAGGGAGUUGGCCAGCCAUGUUGGUCAGGGAGUUGAUCAGCCAUGUUGGUCAGGGAGUUGGGCAGCCAUGUUGGUCAGGGAGUUGGCCAGCCAUGUUGGUCAGGGAGUUGGUCAGCCAUGUUGGUCAGGGAGUUGGUCAGGGAGUUGGUCAGGGAGUUGGUCAGGGAGUUGGUCAGCCAUGUUGGUCAGGGAGUUGGUCAGGGAGUUGGUCAGGGAGUUGGUCAGCCAUGUUGGUCAGGGAGUUGGUCAGCCAUGUUGGUCAGGGAGUUGGUCAGCCAUGUUGGUCAGGGAGUUGGUCAGCCAUGUUGGUCAGGGAGUUGAUCAGCCAUGGUUUGCCACUGCUGUAAAUGCAACUAGUACUGAUAUUGCAUCAUAUAAUAGCACUCACAGCUUCAUAAUUAUUUGCUUGGGGACAUUUACGGUCUGUUUACAUAUAUUUUAGAAGCUAUUUGUACAGAAAAUGUGUAUAAAACUCGAAUAAACUGUAUUUAUAAUACGUGACAAUAUUUUAGCCUGACAAUAAUUUAAUUACACAAUUUCUGAUAUAUCACAUGCUGUACUUUUAUUUUAAUGUAUAAGUAAUAAUCAGGAUUAUACCUCUGCUACCGUUCAUUCCCGAUCAGACUGGUUUGGAUUUCUCCCUGACCAAUAUGGCUGACAUUUUCACCCCAUUCUGGAACUUUGAGGGUUUAUGACAUAGUAAUUUAAUAGGAUCUCGAUGGUGGGCACAUUAACCUUCUAAGAAUGAGACAAUAUGUAAACAAUGUGACUUUUGACAGAAAUCAGCUACUUUGGCCACUUUCAACAAGUUAGAACGUAUGAAAUCUUAGCCUGUUUCUCUGCUAUUUAAAUAUGAAAUCAGAACGGGAAUAACUCUACCAAUCUAAAGAUGCGGCUGUUUGAGGAACCACACCGACUGCUUUUUUAAAAUUAACUUUUUAAAACAACUUACAUUUUUACGUAUGAAAUCUUCCUCUAAUUCUCUACCAUUCAAAUCCGGCAUCAGAACACCUCUUUUACUACCACAAACUACUUGUAAAGAACUGGUUUAAAGGCAUACAAUUUUACUUAAUGUAGAAUUACAAUCUAGUUGUGAUUUCAAUAGUGUACCAUUUUUUUUUUUUCAGUCAUUACAAUGUACUAAAACUAUUUUUAUGUUUGAGUAUGUUUUGUUUGUUGUUCUCUAGGCUCUUUGAGGCUUGAAGCUUCCAUGGUGUGGCUUUGUUGAAGGCCUGCCACACCAUUCAAAUUAAAUCAAGCUUUAUUUAUACAGCACAUUUCAGACAUGCAAUGCAAUGUGCUUCACAGGGAAAAACGAAUAAAAAACAAUGAAAAUAAAAGCUGAAAUAUAACUGAGAUCUAUAAUGUGAUGGGAGAGAACUGAGAUCUGUAAUAUGUUGGGAGAUAACUGAGAUCUAUAAUGUGUUGGGAGAUAACUGAGAUCUAUAAUGUGAUGGGAGAUAACUGAGAUCUGUAAUGUGAUGGGAGAUAACUGAGAUCUAUAAUGUGAUGGGAGAUAACUGAGAUCUAUAAUGUGAUGGGAGAUAACUGACAUCUAUAAUGUGAUGGGAGAUAACUGAGAUCUAUAAUGUGAUGGGAGAUAACUGACAUCUAUAAUGUGAUGGGAGAUAACUGAGAUCUAUAAUGUGAUGGGAGAUAACUGAGAUCUAUAAUGUGAUGGGAGAUAACUGACAUCUAUAAUGUGAUGGGAGAUAACUGAGAUCUAUAAUGUGAUGGGAGAUAACUGACAUCUAUAAUGUGAUGGGAGAGAACUGACAUCUAUAAUGUGAUGGGAGAUAACUGAGAUCUAUAAUGUGAUGGGAGAUAACUGACAUCUAUAAUGUGAUGGGAGAUAACUGAGAUCUAUAAUGUGACGGGAGAUAACUGAGAUCUAUAAUGUGAUGGGAGAUAACUGAGAUCUGUAAUGUGUUGGGAGAGAACUGAGAUCUACAAUGUGAUGGGAGAUAACUGAGAUCUAUAAUGUGAUGGGAGAUAACUGAGAUCUAUAUUGUGAUGGUCGAGAACUGACAUCUAUAAUGUGAUGGGAGAGAACUGAGAUCUAUAAUGUGAUGGGAGAUAACUGAGAUCUAUAAUGUGAUGGGAGAUAACUGACAUCUAUAAUGUGAUGGGAGAGAACUGACAUCUAUAAUGUGAUGGGAGAGAACUGAGAUCUAUAAUGUGAUGGGAGAUAACUGAGAUCUGUAAUGUGUUGGGAGAGAACUGAGAUCUACAAUGUGAUGGGAGAUAACUGAGAUCUAUAAUGUGAUGGGAGAUAACUGAGAUCUAUAAUGUGAUGGGAGAUAACUGAGAUCUAUAAUGUGAUGGGAGAGAACUGACAUCUAUAAUGUGAUGGGAGAGAACUGAGAUCUAUAAUGUGAUGGGAGAUAACUGAGAUCUAUAAUGUGAUGGGAGAUAACUGACAUCUAUAAUGUGAUGGGAGAGAACUGACAUCUAUAAUGUGAUGGGAGAGAACUGAGAUCUAUAAUGUGUUGGGAGAUAACUGAGAUCUAUAAUGUGAUGGGAGAUAACUGACAUCUAUAAUGUGAUGGGAGAGAACUGACAUCUAUAAUGUGAUGGGAGAGAACUGAGAUCUAUAAUGUGAUGGGAGAUAACUGAGAUCUAUAAUGUGAUGGGAGAGAACUGAGAUCUAUAAUGUGUUGGUAGAGAGAUCUGUAAUGUGUUGGGAGAUAACUGAGAUCUAUAAUGUGUAGGGAGAUAACUGAGAUCUACAACACUUAUCAAUAUUCCUUUCUAUAUAUAUAUAUCUGUAUCUGUAUGUAAGUGUUGUGUCCAUCUCAGUAUAUCGCAGAUGAUAAGAACUUUUCCAUUAUAUCUAUAGUACGUUUUAUUGCACAUUUUACCGAUGGCUUUAUUUACACACCUACCUCUCCAGCCCCCCUUCUCUCAAUCCAUAUUGUUGUUGAUUUUAUUAUUAUUAUUAUUAUUAUUAUCAUAUUGUGGAACUAUUCCAUUGAAGGAAUUCAUGUUAUUUUAAUGCAAAAAAAAAAAAGGCUAUAAUUUGCAAGCAGAAAAGGGUGAGGUUUAUCUCCGUACUCGAUAACUGUAUGCAAAGCUCUCUGAUAUCUCACCCUUCAUGACCAAAUACACACCGUGUCAAAACCCCACUAUGCCACCAGGAAUGACCUUCUGAAGAACAUUAGCUUAGGAUCAACAAUGUGCUGAUCAUUAUGAAUUAAUGUCAAAUCAAGUGUAUCGCAACACAGUUUAUGUCUUGAUUAUGAUUAUUUUUUUAGCUCAAAAUAGUGGAGAAACGUAGCUAACAAACAAACCUACUUGAGUCUAUUCAGUAAAUCAAAUUAAUAAAAUGCAUUACUGUAGUAGUCGGAAAAGCGACACGAUUUUUUAGAAUUUCAACUUUGUUAUCAGAAUGACUUGUUUCACCACAGUGGCGAUAGUAAUGACCUGGUCAUACUAUCAUUACAUCCAUGUCUUAAUGAGCAGGUCUGAUUUACUCUAGCCUAGAGGUCAGAUAGCUGAAUCCCAAACCAACCCCUAGCCCCUAGUCCUAGGGGAUAGGGUCAGGGGUUAAGGAUAGGGGUUAGGGCUAGGGGAUAGGACUAGUGGAGAGGGCUAGGGGAUAGGGUUAGGGGAUAGGGGUUAGGGCUAGGGGAUAUGGUUAGGGGAUAGGGCUAGGGGUUAGGGUUAGGGAAUAGGGGUUAGGGCUAGGGGAUAGGGUUAGGGGAUAGGGGUUAGGGCUAGGGGAUAGGACUAGUGGAGAGGGCUAGGGGAUAGGGUUAGGGGAUAGGGGUUAGGGCUAGGGGAUAUGGUUAGGGGAUAGGGCUAGGGGUUAGGGUUAGGGAAUAGGGGUUAGGGCUAGGGGAUAGGGUUAGGGGAUAGGGGUUAGGGCUAGGGGAUAGGACUAGUGGAGAGGGCUAGGGGUUAGAGUUAGGGGAUAGGGGUUAGGGCUAGGGGAUAUGGUUAGGGGAUAGGGCUAGGGGAUAGGGUUAGGGAAUAGGGUUAGGGGAUAAGGAUAGGGGUUAGGGCUAGGGGAUAUGGAUAGGGGAUAGGGCUAGGGGAUAGGGUUAGGGAAUAGGGGUUAGGGCUAGGGGAUAGGGCUAGGGGAUAGGACUAGGGGAUAGGGCUAGGGGAUAGGACUAGGGGAUAGGGGUUAGGGCUAGGGGAUAUGGAUAGGGGAUAUGGAAAGGGCUAAGGAUAGGGGAUAGGGCUAGGGGAUAUGACUAGUGGACAGGGCUAGGGGAUAGGGCUAGGGGAUAGGACUAGGGAAAUGGCUAGGGGAUAGGACCAGUGGACAGGGCUAGGGGAUAGGGCUAGGGGAUAGGACUAGGGAAAGGGCUAGGGGAUAGGGGUUAAGAAUAGUAGAUCUAGGACCCCCUGCCAUGAUCAGAGAUCAGAGACUAUGUCCCCAAUGGCACCCUAUUCCCUAUAUAGUGCACUACUUUAGACCAGGGCCCUAUAGAUCCCUAUUCCCUAUAUAGUGCACUACUUUUGAGCAGUGGUGCACUAUAAAGGGAAUAGGGUGCCAUUUGGAAGGCAGACAGAACAGAUUGUGUGUGAUCUUAGCGUUAAGUUAUUUCAUUCAUGUUGGUUAUUCUUCAAACAUUCCAACUGCCAACUCAUCUCGUAUGAUAAUAUCAUUGUUAUUACAAAUGCUUGUUAUUGUUGUCUUUUUGUUAUUGUUGUUUUGUUAUUGUUUACCCUUUUUGUUCUAUGAUUUUCCUUGCCUUUACGGUUUUAAUCUUGAACAUGUUGAACAAUGAAGUAAUUAUCAUUUCGUUUGAUCAGCUGUGAAUUUGUACUGACUGCGUCGAUCUGGACGAUUUGGUUGUGUGUGUGUGUGUGUGUGUGUGUGUGUGUGUGUGUGUGUGUGUGUGUGUGUGUGUGUGUGUGUGUGUGUGUGUGUGUGUGUGUGUGUGUGUGUGUGUGUGUGUGUGUGUGUGUGUGUCUGGUUUUGCUGUGAAGUAAUCCUGUAGUUAGUAAUGACGUAGUCAUAGGUUAGUCAGUUAGUUAGUUAGUUAGUUAGUUAGUUAGUCAGUCAGUUAGUUAGUUAGUCAGUUAGUUAGUUAGUUAGUUAGUUAGUCAGUUAGUCAGUUAGUCAGUUAGUUAGUCAGUCAGUUAGUCAGUUAGUCAGUUAGUUAGUUAGUUAGUUAGUCAGUUAGUCAGUUAGUCAGUUAGUUAGUUAGUUAGUUAGUCAGUUAGUCAGUUAGUUAGUCAGUUAGUCAGUUAGUCAGUUAGUCAGUUAGUCAGUUAGUCAGUUAGUCAGUUAGUCAGUUAGUCAGUUAGUCAGUCAGUUAGUUAGUCAGUUAGUCAGUUAGUCAGUCAGUUAGUUAGUCAGUUAGUCAGUUAGUUAGUUAGUUAGUUAGUCAGUUAGUCAGUUAGUUAGUUAGUUAGUUAGUUAGUUAGUUAGUUAGUUAGUCAGUUAGUUAGUCAGUUAGUCAGUUAGUCAGUUAGUCAGUUAGUUAGUUAGUUAGUUAGUUAGUCAGUCAGUUAGUUAGUUAGUUAGUUAGUGUGACACCUCGUCAGUCCCACUCUCCUUUCUCUUCUUCUGUCUAUCACACGCCGCCGUCAUGUGUUCGUCUGCGUCACGUGUAUCUCAGGUGGGCGAGGAGGACUGAUCUAUCUUAACACCAAAAAUACAAUUAGAAAAGCACAAAUAAAGAUUAGUCACAAUAUCACUGAGAGAACCUUCCUAUCACUGAAGUACUAGACCACACAGUCAAUGGGGUUCCCCUGAAAGAACCUUCCUAUCACUGACGCACUAGACGACAGAGUCAAUGGGGUUCCCCUGAAAGAACCUUCCUAUCACUGAAGCACUAGACGACACAGUCAAUGGGGUUCCCCUGAGAGAACCUUCCUAUCACUGACGCACUAGACCACACACUCAAUGGGGUUCCCCUGAAAGAACCUCGCUGUUGGAACAGUAGAAUUGGAAUGAGAAUGCCUUGUUCUAAGAGGAUCACAUCGUUCUAUAGCUGACAUUGUCCUGUACUGUAUACCAUCUUGCUACAUAGUCUAAAGACCAUGUCCCUGUCGUGUAUACCAUCUUGCUACAUAGUCUAAAGACCAUGUCCCUGUACUGUAUACCAUCUUGCUACAUAGUCUAAAGACCAUGUCCCUGUAGUGUAUACCAUCUUGCUACAUAGUCUAAAGACCAUGUCCCUGUCGUGUAUACCAUCUUGCUACAUAGUCUAAAGACCAUGUCCCUGUACUGUAUACCAUCUUGCUACAUAGUCUAAAGACCAUGUCCCUGUCGUGUAUACCAUCUUGCUACAUAGUCUAAAGACCAUGUCCCUGUACUGUAUACCAUCUUGCUACAUAGUCUAAAGACCAUGUCCCUGUCGUGUAUACCAUCUUGCUACAUAGUCUAAAGACCAUGUCCCUGUACUGUAUACCAUCUUGCUACAUAGGGAUUCGGGUGCCAUUCAGGUCAAAACUAGUGCACUACAUAGGGAUUAGGGUGCCAUUCAGGUCAAAACUAGUGCACUACAUAGGGAUUAGGGUGCCAUUCUGGUCAAAACUAGUGCACUACAUAGGGAUUAGGGUGCCAUUUUGAAUACAGUCUAUGUAACAACAUCACACCAUGUGUUUAUCAGUAGGCAUCUCUAUAGGGACCUGUGCUCUCUUUAUUCCUCCAAGAGGAACUGCUGUUGUUUAAGAUACCACUCCAGCCUGAUCCAAGAUCUGUUUCUGCUCUCUGGACAACUCCAUUGAUGUCAUUGUUAUGACAAUUCCAUAGGAGUUGUCAAGAGAGCAGAAACAGGCACCCAGGCUAGACUGACCGACUGGCACCCAGGCUAAACCGACUGGCACCCAGGCUAAACCGACUGGCACCCAGGCUAAACUGACUGGCACCCAGGCUAAACUGACUGGCACCCAGGUUAAACCGACUUGCACCCAGGCUAAACUGACUGGCACCCAGGCUAAACAGACUGGCACCCAGGCUAAACCGACUGGCACCCAGGCUAGACUGACUGGCACCCAGGCUAAACAGACUGGCACCCAGGCUAAACAGACUGGCACCCAGGCUAAACAGACUGGCACCCAGGCUAAACUGACUGGCACCCAGGCUAAACCGACUGGCACCCAGGCUAAACCGACUGGCACCCAGGCUAAACCGACUGGCACCCAGGCUAAACUGACUGGCACCCAGGCUAAACUGACUGGCACCCAGGCUAGACUGACUGGCACCCAGGCUAAACCGACUGGCACCCAGGCUAAACCGACUGGCACCCAGGCUAGACCGACUGGCACCCAGGCUAAACUGACUGGCACCCAGGCUAAACAGACUGGCACCCAGGCUAAACUGACUGGCACCCAGGCUAAACCGACUGGCACCCAGGCUAAACCGACUGGCACCCAGGCUAAACCGACUGGCACCCAGGCUAAACCGACUGGCACCCAGGCUAAACCGACUGGCACCCAGGCUAGACUGACUGGCACCCAGGCUAGACUGACUGGCACCCAGGCUAAACCGACUGGCACCCAGGCUAAACCGACUGGCACCCAGGCUAAACCGACUGGCACCCAGGCUAAACUGAUUGGCACCCAGGCUAAACAGACUGGCACCCAGGCUAAACUGACUGGCACCCAGGCUAAACUGACUGGCACCCAGGCUAAACUGACUGGCACCCAGGCUAAACUGACUGGCACCCAGGCUAAACAGACUGGCACCCAGGCUAAACUGACUGGCACCCAGGCUAAAAUGACUGGCACCCAGUCUAAACAGACUGGCACCCAGUCUAAACAGACUGGCACCCAGGCUAAACUGACUGGCACCCAGGCUAAACUGACUGGCACCCAGGCUAAAAUGACUGGCACCCAGUCUAAACAGACUGGCACCCAGUCUAAACAGACUGGCACCCAGGCUAAACUGACUGGCACCCAGGCUAAACUGACUGGCACCCAGGCUAAACAGACCUUCCACUCUCUCCUUCUACAACGUAUCUCUCUCCAUCCACCACGUGGAACGUGAUAUAAUGAGGAUGACUAACUUCUGUGACGUGAAUUAUGAAAUGUAUGAAAUUACAAUUGUCUGCACACAAGACAUGUAAAUGACUAUGAUAAGAAAGCAUCUGCUAAAUGUCACAUAUUAUUGUCUUAGUCGUUGUUUACAAGGAGAUGUUGUAUUUCCUGUUUCCUUCACCAUGUACUGUUCUAAUAAAGUCACAUGACUGUCCUUA